AUGGCCCGACAAGCUUCGAGGAGUACAUCCCGCAGUCGCAAGAAUGGCAGCAAGUCGCCAGCUCGCAGCAAAAAGUCACCGGCCAAGCGCACUACAUCGAAAUCGCCGGCCCGUAGCCGCUCGACCAGCCGUGGAAGAGCUACACAAAAGCGUUCCACCUCGAAAACCCGGACUCCAUCAAAGACGAGAACCCCAGCAAAGACUCCGGCAAAGACUCCAGCAAAGACUCCGGCCAAAACUCCGGCAAAAAAAGUGACCCCGGCUCGCUCAGCCAGCAGAUCGACUUCUCGUUCUCGUACCCAGCAAACCCCGAGCGCUUCGUCGGUGCAACGACAAGCGCACACCGACUCGGCAUUCGACGACAUUCGACAACGUGUGCAACGCAUUAGAGAGGCAGCUCGCUUGGCCCCAGCCAAUUCCUCAUCGCCACCCCGUUCCUCGUCACAAACAAAGAAGAAUGGAUCGUGCUCGAUUCUCGGGAAACUCUGCCCACUCACCUGGUGCAAGAACAACGGCCUCUGCCAGUACAUCACUGCCAAUCAGAAGGACCUCUUGGCCUCAGUGUUCCUAUUGUUGUUCAUCGUCGGCCUCAUCUAUUUCAUCUUGUACACCGAUCCGCUCAAAGCUCGUCAAUGGUUGGAGCGACUUCCGGCGAAUACGGCCACUUUCUGGAAGAAUAAAGUCGUGCCUAAAGUGAAAUUCUGG